AUGCCUCCUCUGUCGGCUUACACUCCUUUUGAAUCUCUCCUCUUCUUCCAGUCUCUCGCCACCUUGGGUACCCGUCCUAUCAACUUCGCAUCCAUCUCCGAUAUUCUACGUAACAAUACGUUCGUUCGCGAGAAUGUCGCAUUCAAUGCGGACAGGCUCAGCCCGGAGGCCCUCGAGGAGUUGUACACGGCCUUGAUGCGAGAAGAACUAGAUGGCGCCGGAGCCAUCUCACAUCCCGAACAAAAUGGUGUACAUCCCGAGGGCGCUCAACCCACUAACCCGCUGAAACGUAAGAUCGCGAGUCCACGUCCGGAGGUGUUAGUCGAUAAGGGAAGAAGCCAUGCCAGCUUUCUUCCCGAGUUAGUGUCUCAUCUAUAUGCCAGAUACAAGGAACUCGCGACUAGAGAGAUUCGGAACGAGGAGAGGAGAUAUAAAGAAAUCAGUGAUGAAAUUGAAAGGCUACAGAAGGAGGAGCGUCAGAAACCCUCACAGCCAGCACCUGCGCCGACGUCUGUACAGACAUCUACAUUACGAGGACCACAAGCAAAACAAGACUUUGCGCCGGAGCCCAUGGACUUGGAUGUCAAGGAGGAGAUGCCCGCUCAGCAACUUCGGCAGGAACCCAGCCAAGCCGCAGUCCAGCCGCCGUUGGAUUCCAAGGUCAAGCAAAUAGAGCAGGAAUCGCAGCGCAAGGAUAUUGUACCCUCUCCAGCGCAAGAAGAGCUAGCGCAACCGACCGCGCCGUCGACAGCGGCCGCAGCGAUGCAACAACCCCAGGUGCUACCCACUCAACCGCCAGCUCAACCGCAUCAAGAACAGCUCCGAAUGAAGCAGCAACCGCAAUCGCAACCGCAACCGGUUGAUGGUCAGGCACCCUCGGCAGUUCAACAAGCACCAGCCAAUGUGCCUCCGACAACGUCUUCGGCGCAAAAGGCGAAGAAUGGGCCUGCUGUACAUUCGCAGCAGCCCGCCGCUGCCCCAACUCCGAGCCCGGGCAGUUUGCCAACUUUUACCGCGGCGCCCUUGCAAGCUCAGCAUGACGUUCACAAACCUACUCCCGUUCCUGCUCCAUCACCGUCUCCAGCAGCCAGACCUGCAGGCAAGAAGGGUGCUUCAGCUGCUACAUCUGUCUCAGCACCUCAACCUCCCACACCCCAGCCAAUAAUUCAGCAGUGGUCCUUACGUCAGCCACCACAGACCCCGCAGCCACCGCCCUUUAACUACCCGCAACAACAGGCAGAUAAGCGUGCUAUGGUGGGAAGACCAUCCGCCAACCCUCUCCAACAUACACCGAAACCCGAGCCUGAGAAGCCAUUUCAAGCUACUCCCCGGACGCCUGUACCUUCUACGCCAGGGCCUGCUUCGGCACCGAUCGUAUCAACGGCUGUCAACGGCCAUGCUCGGGGUUACCAGACGCCUGUCGGAGCAGCGCAAGGAUUCAUUUCGGAAGCGCAAAAUGUCCAUCGCCCUCAGCUCUCCGUCGAUACGAGAUCUUCUACACCUUGGAAGAAGACACCUCGCCUUAGCAUUCCUCCGUCGCCUAGAUCACCGAUUCGGCCUCGGCCAGAGGAUGUCAGCCCCAUUAGCGAAAGCGCCCCGUCGCCAAUUGAGUUUUCUGAGCCACUUCAAGAAGAAACAGGAGGCCGACGAAACAAACGCCGAGCUGUUGAAGAAAAGGGGGCGCGAGCAAUCCAGGAACCCAGCCUGCCGCAAGAUGUGGAACCUAAAGGGCGGCUGAAACCCAAGGUAGAAAAAGCCACAGGGUCCGCUGCUGGGAAGAAACGGGAUCGAAGCACGACCUCCUCAAGAAGCCGGGGAAGGUCCGUAGUAUCUCGCGAUGAGGAAUCCGUCGCCGAGGCCGGAAACGGGCCUAUUGGAAAGAUCAAGCAUGAGUUGCCAGGUACACCGGCUAAUAUCCCAGAGCCAUCUGAAUUGGAGGGUCGUGCCAGUGGCGCCCGAAAAGGCGCUGCCGCUUUGCCUCAGACCGAAGAACGUCCAGGAAGGGAAAGGCCGAAACGCAAGCGCGGGAUCAGUGACGCUCCAGAGCCAGAGCCAGUUCCAACUGAGCCUAUCCGGCCGGAAUCGACACAGUCCACAUCGUUCGUGUUGUGUCCGCGUAACUUUCCCAGAACGGGGGCACCUAUCAUGAAUGAUGUGACCAUGCAUAAGCAUGCCUCAAUAUUUGCGAAGCCGCUGGCUGAACGAGAUGCACCUGGGUAUAGAGAUCUCAUAUAUCGACCGCAAGAUUUGAAAUCCAUCAAGUCGUCUAUCCAUCAAGGCAGUAGAGCUGUGGCUGCAGCAACGGAAGCUGCCAGCACGCCAGCUGCAGAUGGAGAGUCCCCGGCUCCCAAUGCAGGCACGACGUCCAAGAACGCUGUUCUAGUGCUGCCAAAGACUGAAGACGUGAUUCCUCCCAAGGCCAUAGUCAACUCGGCACAGCUGGAGAAAGAAUUAAUUCGCAUGUUCGCUAACGCCGUCAUGUUCAAUCCCAUUCCGCAACGUGGGUUCGGACCUGCCUUCCCGAUGAUCAGCGAUAGUGGGUCACGAGAGAGCACGCAAGUCCCCGAACCGGAUGAAGGAGGCAUCAUCAAAGACACUCUGGAGAUGUUCGAAGACGUCGAGCAAGCGGUGACGAGAUGGCGGGCGGCAGAACGCACUGCUGACGAACUAGCGAGCAAGAGCAUCUUAUCCCUUCGAAGAGGUAGCACGAGCGAUUUGAACACGGAUAGCGCAGAUGAGGUCAAGGGGCCAUGA